CGACUUCUUGGCUUACUUACACUUCAAUCUCUCCAUCUCUCCUCUACAACACUAAUUAGACUGCAUAGGCACGGGUAACACUAGCCCGCUGCCCCCCAAUCGACCCCGCACACUCGCACCCCACCCCAUGUCUCGCUAGACACAUUGGCUUGGAGCCUCGCGCAUAGACACCUCGUCGACGACAAUGUCCCGAUCCUCCAUCCCCACGGCGCGGGCCGCCUACGACUCGAUGUCGUAUGACCAGCUCCGAGUCGCAGCCGCAGACGUGUUGCCGGUCGGCGACCGCACGCCCAAGCAAUGGUUCGAGCUCGCCCUCCAGCACGCCGAGGCGGCGCGCCAAGCCGACCGCCGCGGGAGCAAGGCCACCCUGUUCGUCGAGUACACCCAGCUUGCCACUGCCUACAAGAACGCCCUCUUCCACCCUGGCACAAAGGAAGCCAAGGCGGCUGACCCCCGCUGGGCGACGCGUGUCAGCGAGUUCAAGCCCACAUGGGAGGCGGCCGUGCAGAAGGCCACGACGCUCAAAGAAGAGCUCAAGCGGGCUCUGUCCGAACCAACCUCGCCAGUCCCUGCGUCGAGCCGCACGGUAGGAGCAGACAGCCACGCGCCUGCUCCAUCACCGUCGUUGGACGAAGAGGCUGGCGGCUCCAUCGCCGAUCGCAUGAAGGCUCUGAGCGGCCGCGGAAUGGAUGUCGGAAGCGGGUCCAAGCGCAUCAGCAGAGAUUUUGUGUCCCACUCAAGAUCAGCCUCGACUACCAGCGCGACCGUCGGUAGCGGGGGCGGCGGUGCAAGCGGAUUCGGUGCUGCGCGGAAUGGGGCGGCGUCCGCAGCCGCGACUGGGACGAGCCCCGAACCAACAGUCAGCAUCAGCACCGGCUCCUCGUCAUCAGCUAUGCCUCCUCCAGUGUCGACAACCGCACACCGCCCAACCUCGAGCGUGUCGGCGUCCAGCAGUCUUGCACGCUCGCCGCCAGUCGCCAACGGGCUCCACGUCGCCGCGCAGCAGACAGGUGCUUCGAGCCACUCGCUCAAGUCGGUCGCGACUGGAGGAAGCGUCAGCAGCGGCACGGUUCCCACAUCUGCGUCCAUUCCGGUCAUUCGCCCCUCGAGCCCGACGAAGCAGCCAUCGCCAGUGGCCGAUCCGAGCCCCCGCCCACAGCUGUCGUCCUUCCCGUCAUCGAGCUCGACGAAGGGGCUCCUCGACUCCACACCGCUGACGAGCCCGCCCAAGAUCCCUGCAGCUCUGCCCCAUCGCCCGUCAAGCCCGAGCGGUCCUCGUCCAUUGCCGUCGCCAGCACCGCGUGGGCUGUCACCAGUGCCGAGUGUCUCGCCCGUACCGCGUGACGACCUCGGCGACUUUGAGGCGAAUUUCCCUUCCCUCGACAACUUCGGCAAGCAGUUUGAGGAUGCCCUCCCGUCUGUCCCCUCGCUGGGCUUGAGUGAUACCACACCGGCACCGGCAUCGGCAUCCUCUACUAAAAGCCCCGUUCUCGACGACUUGCCGUCGUUUCCGGAUCUCCCCGCCUUCCCCACACUCCCAUCAGUCCCAUCCCACCUCCCCGGCCGCGAAGAGCCGAAGUCUGCACUGCCACCACCACCCGCCCCGGCCGACAGCCUCCACGAUGUCGAGGCGUUCCCAUCCCCGCCUAGUCCUGACCUCUACGUCGACCUCAAGCGCCCGGCCAGCACGCCAAUCGUCAGCGACAAAGGGAUUCUGGCCUCGUCGCCACCAGAUGAGUCCCCGCUGGGCGAAGCUCCCGCGUCAGUCGCACCUCCUGCUCCUGCAGCCAGCAUGCCCGAUCCGGUGAUCAAGAUGCCCGAGCCAAGAACAGCGGGGCCAGCGAUGUCACCUUCGACACCAUCCAGCUCUGCGCCAGACGCUGCUCAUGGCCAUCGGGGAUCUGUCCCAGUGGCAUUCCCGUCGCCAAAGGUCAGCGGAAAUGUGAUCAACCCUGCGAGCUCGUCAUCCAACGGCAGGGCCGGGGCAGGAGCAGGAUCUGCGGCCGUGUCCCCUUCCAACAGCAGGCCAGGGCCUUCGCAGACGGAGUCCCAAGCUCCCGGGUUCGCGCCUGCUCAGCUCGGAAAGCCAGAAUUCCCCAUCACCAACGCCAUCACACCCGAGACGCUGAGGAGCUACUUCCUCAACUCGUCUAUUGACGUGCUUCUUCUUGAUGUGAGAGACGAGAAAGAAUACUCGACCGGCUAUGUUGGCGCCGAGUAUGUUGCACGCGGAGCCAAGAUCAACGUUAUCUGGAUUGACCCCACCGUCCUGGCGCGUGAUGGACUCACCUCGACGCAGCUCGAGGACGCCAUGUCGCUGUCCCCUCAAGCGCAGCAACUCGCGUUCCAGAACCGACACAAGUACGACUUGGUUGUGCUGUACGAUAAACGUUCAACUACGUUCCCGAAGAAGGGCGAGCCUCCAACUCCCAUCUCCAGGCUCUGGUCCAUCAUUGGCGAGAAUGAGUUUAGAAAGACUUUGCCGCGAUUCCCGGCAAUGCUCAUCGGCGGCUUUGAGGGCUGGGUCAAGUUCAUCAUGGCCAGACAGAAGGCUUCGAUGCAGCAGCACCAACUGGCGCAGCAGCAGCAAAGUCGGCCCUACAACCCCAAGACGAAUGGCCACGGACCCGUACCACUUGGACCGAAGCCCGUUGGGAACAGGACGAACGCAGAUCUUCUGGCAAAGAAGCAGAGCCGCGAAGCGCCGGCUUACCACCAGUCGUCGCAGUAUGCGAGGGGCAUCACCGAGAACUCGAUGACUGGCGCGCACGCUUCAUCGGCAUCAAUUUCGAGUCUUGCAUACGCAGGGUAUGACGCUUCUCGACCGGCCCAGUCCCCAUCGCUACCGCGUACGUCUCACGCGUCUUCUGCGUCGAUCUCGUCAUACAACGCGCCGUCUGCUAUCGCCCCACCACCACGGGCCUCGAUCCAUCCCGGCGCCGGGGCACGACGACAGAGCGGAUACUUGGACAGCCAAGGAUACUCGGGACAUACCACCACGUCACGGCCGUCGAUCGACUACCCCCAGCCUCAUGCCCUGGCACAGGUGCCGCAGCCACCGCCCGCGGUCGCAACUCACAGCCUGGAACGCCAAGACCCGAGGCCGAUGCCGAGGACCGUGUCGACUCGAAGCGUUGACCAGCUUGCUCCAAACUACGGGGUGCGCUACUGGCGCAACACCAAGCUUGGCCUGACGGGUUUGAAGAAUCUGGGAAACACCUGCUACAUGAACUCGACUGUUCAGUGUCUGAGCGCUACACUACCCUUUGCACGAUACUUCCUCGACGGGCGGUACAAGCGGGACAUCAACGUGUACAACCCCCUCGGUACAAAGGGUGACCUUGCACAUGCUUUUGCCGAGCUCCUCGGUGCACUCUGGGGAGAGAACUAUACCUUCUUGUCGCCAAUCACAUUUAGGAAAUCCAUCAUCAACUUCAAGAGCGAUUUCGCCGGCUCUGAGCAGCAUGAUUCGCAAGAGUUCCUGUCGUUCGUCAUGGACGGAUUGCACGAAGAUCUUAACAGGAUCAAGACUCGACCCAAGCCGAUUGAGAUGACCCCGGAGCGCGAAGCAGCACUCGAGACCCUGCCACCACAGAUUGCCAGCGACAAGGAAUGGCAAAUCUACAAGAUGCGCAACGACAGUUUGAUCGUCGACCUCUUCCAGGGCCAGUACAUGAACCGGAUGGAAUGCUUGACGUGCCACAAGACGUCGACUGUAUACGACUCUUUCCAGUGGCUCACUCUGGACCUCCCAACGACCAAGAGCAAGGUAGUCUUGCCUGAGCUGUUCGACCAGUUUGUCAAGCCCGAAAUCCUGGAUGGUGACGAGAAAUGGUUCUGCCCUCGUUGCAAGGUCAACCGAAGAGCGUCCAAGACCCUAACGCUUGUGCGGCUACCGCCUGUCCUUCUUAUCCAGCUUAAGCGCUUCAUCCCUGUCAACGGCGGACGCUUUUGGAACAAGUCGGAGACACCGGUCAUCUUCCCGCUUACCAACCUCGACCUGUCGCGCUAUGUACCAGUCCGACAGCCGACUGGCACAGAGGACCUGGACGACCCCCGGACACAGAUCGGGCCGUUCAAGUAUGACCUUUACGGCGUGAGCAACCACAUGGGCACACUUUCCAGCGGACACUACACCGCCUUUGUGCGCUCGUCUGAUCAGUGGAUGUUCUGCGAAGACAGCAGGGUGCAGCCUGCUCGUGAGGUCGACGUGGUGUCCCGACCUGCCUACAUUUUGUUCUACAAGCGGGUUCAGGCGUCGUGAUGCUUGUCGUCGUCAAGAGUCUGAAAGAGGGAGGGGGCCGUCGCGGGAGCCGGUCAUGUCUGUUGGAUGGGCGCGGAGCGGUCCCAUCUCGUUGUAAUCUCGUAUCCUUUGCAUUCCAGCAGAACCGGACGCAAUGUACAGCUUGAGUGUGGGACGACAGACGACAUCCCUAUGG